UUCUUUCUUCUCAAUCCAAACACCAAUCAAUGGCUGGCAGCGGUCCAAAUACUCCUCGCAGCCCCGAUAAUUUGACUCCCAGCCGUCGCAGCACGCGCCGCAAUCCCAACACUCCGGGCGACGUACCUUCAUCCCCUAAUGAUACAAUGAUUUCAAGCCCAAUUGAUAACACAUUUUCAUCCCCAAACACCCGCCGCAGUAAGCGCGGUCGAGGCCCGUCCGAAACCCCCCCACCGUCGUCUACUCCCCGUUCCCGAUUCGCCACCCCUGACGAUAACUCUCGUCCUUCCACCGCUCGCCCUCCACCUGGAGGACUUCCUCGCCGUGGCGGCGGCGGUCCACCGGACACUCCUGACACACCCAACAACCCGUCUUCGCCACCUGUACCGUCAUCCGAUGGUGGGGGAAAUGAUGAACCCGAUGCACCCCCAAUGUAUGUUUGGGGGACGAGUAUAAGCGUGCAAGAUGUGAACGCGGCGAUUUUGAGGUUUUUGAGGAAUUUCCGAGAACAUCCUUCGCACGAUGAAGGGAAAUAUAUGAGAACGAUUAACCAUGUGAUUGAAAUGGAAGGCGAGUCGUUGGAAGUGGACGCUAACGAUAUUUUUGAGUACGAUAACGAUUUGUAUACCAAGAUGGUGAGGUACCCUUUAGAAGUCCUUGCAAUAUUCGAUAUCGUGUUGAUGGAUAUGGUUAGUCGAAUCAAUCCGUUGUUUGAGAAGCAUAUUCAAGCAAGGAUCUUUAAUCUCAAAACCUCGACUUCCAUGAGAAAUUUGAACCCAUCCGAUAUUGAGAAGAUGGUGUCAUUGAAAGGGAUGAUUAUUAGAUGCAGUUCGAUUAUACCGGAAAUUAGGGAAGCAGUGUUUCGAUGUUUAGUGUGUGGGCAUUACUCUGAUCUUAUUGUUGUAGACCGAGGACGAAUCAAUGAGCCAACUAUGUGCAUGAAGGAAGAGUGUAAAACCAAGAACUCAAUGACAUUAGUUCACAAUAGAUGCAGAUUUGCUGAUAAGCAAGUUGUGAGAGUACAGGAGACACCCGAUGAGAUACCUGAAGGAGGUACACCUCAUACAGUUAGCUUGCUGAUGCAUGACAAGUUGGUCGAUGCUGGAAAGCCCGGAGAUAGAGUUGAGAUCACUGGGAUAUAUAGGGCUAUGAGUGUGAGGAUUGGUCAAACUCAAAGGACUGUGAAAUCUUUAUUCAAGACUUACAUCGAUUGUCUUCAUAUAAAGAAGACAGACAAGUCAAGAAUGAAUACAGAAGAUCCGAUGGAAACUGAACAGGCCUCUACUCAAGAUGAUCAAGGAACUCCAGUGGACUACGAAGAGCAGGUGGAGAAACUGAAAGAGCUAUCUAAAAAGCCUGAUAUUUAUGACAUGCUUACUAGGUCCCUAGCUCCAAACAUAUGGGAAUUGGAUGAUGUUAAGAAAGGACUUCUUUGCCAGUUGUUUGGUGGGAGUGCUUUGACUCUGGAAUCUGGGGCUAGCUUCAGGGGAGACAUUAACAUUCUUCUAGUUGGUGAUCCCGGUACCAGUAAAUCCCAGCUUCUCCAGUAUAUACACAAACUAGCACCUCGUGGUAUCUAUACGAGUGGAAGAGGAAGCUCAGCUGUUGGAUUGACCGCUUAUGUGGCCAAAGAUCCUGAAACUGGUGAAACGGUUUUGGAGAGUGGGGCCUUGGUUCUUAGUGACAGAGGCAUAUGCUGUAUUGAUGAAUUUGAUAAAAUGUCUGAGAAUGCAAGGAGCAUGUUACAUGAGGUGAUGGAACAACAAACUGUGUCAAUUGCAAAAGCAGGGAUUAUUGCAUCUCUCAAUGCAAGGACUUCAGUUUUGGCCUGUGCAAAUCCAAGUGGUUCUCGUUAUAAUCCUCGCUUGUCAGUCAUUGACAAUAUACAUCUCCCUCCUACGUUGCUCUCCAGGUUUGAUUUGAUCUAUUUAAUUCUUGACAAAGCUGAUGAGCAGACUGAUAGGCGCCUUGCCAAGCAUAUUGUUGCAUUACAUUUUGAGAAUCCUGAGAAUUCAGAGCAGAAUGUCAUUGACCUUCCAACUUUGACUGCUUAUUUGAGCUAUGCUAGAAAAAACAUACACCCAAAGUUAUCUGAUGAAGCUGCAGAAGAGUUGACACGUGGGUAUGUUGAAAUGAGAAGAAGAGGAAAUUUUCCAGGAAGUAGUAAAAAGGUGAUCACUGCUACCCCAAGACAAAUUGAAAGUCUGAUACGGCUCAGUGAGGCUCAUGCUCGGAUUCGAUUCUCAGAAUGGGUUGAGAAAAAAGAUGUUGUAGAGGCUUUCCGGCUUCUUGAGGUUGCACUACAGCAGUCUGCAACAGAUCACGCCACCGGAACCAUUGACAUGGACCUCAUAACAACUGGUGUCUCUGCUAGUGAAAGAAUGAGAAGAGACAAUUUGGUUGCUUUGACUAGGAAUGUUAUUAUGGAAAAGAUGCAAUUAGGAGGUCCAUCUACUCGGUUGCUAGAGUUGCUGGAAGAGUUGAAGCAGCGAAGCAAUAAUGCUGAACUACUCCUUAAUGAUCUACGGAAUGCACUUGGUACUCUUGCAAGUGAAGGAUUUGUGGUCGUCCAUGGUGACAGUGUAAAAAGAGUAUGAACAAAUGAAGUUGGUACAACGAGGGCUAAAGCCUAUGCUUUCUAGUAAACAAAGGCGCUUAACAAGGGCAAAAGUUCAAGUGAUUGUAUGCAUAUUAAAAUCCCAAGACACGGAUCUUGCUGAUUUGUGUAUUUUCAGUUGUAUUCCUGGGUUUAGGUAUAAUGUUGGUUCUAUUUAUGAUGCGUGAUUUUUGCGAGUCUGUAUAGACCAUUGCAAUAGUACUCAGUGAUACUUUGUAAUCAAGAUAGUGUUGGUAAAACUAUUUUGU